AUGAACGCUGUUGUUAUUGAAGGUAAAGAAGCUGUCAUCGAGAAUAAUGUCCCAUUACCAGAGUAUCCAAGCAAUUAUAUCUUGGUGAAAUCCAAGGCAAUGGGAGGUAAUCCAACCGAUUGGAAACAUAUUGAAUACGGCAUUGGUCCACAAAAAUCAAUCGUUGGUUGUGAUGUCUCUGGUGAGAUAGUCUCCAUGGGACAAGAUGUUGACACAACAAAAUUUCAUAUAGGUGAUUAUGUUUUUAGUUUCGCACAUGGUACUUGCGUAAGAAAACCGGACAAUGGUGCAUUUGCAGACUACGUAGCAUUAGAUUCUGAAUUGACUUUCAAAUUACCGAAAAAUACAGAAUUCAGUAAUAACGAUGUAAUUUCUGAGGGGAAAGUCAUUUCUUUUGAAGAAGCAGCUUCAAUUCCGUUAUCCUGGUUUACUGCAGGUGGAGCAUUAUUUCACGAAAUGAAAUUAAAAUACGAUUGUGACGCCAACAAACCUCAAAACAAUUUUCCAUUACUUGUCUGGGGUGGUGGUUCAGCCUUGGGGCAGGCAGUUAUUCAACUCGCUAAGAAAUAUCAUGGGUAUACAAAAAUUAUUUCAGUAGCUAGUAGAAAGCAUGAGAAACAACUUUUAUCAUAUGGUGCUGAUGAAGUUUUUGAUUACCAUGACUCCGAUGUAAUCACACAGAUUAAAAACAAAUAUAAUAAUAUCCAACAAUUAUUUGAUUGUGUUUCAACCUUGGAUACUUUACAACAAGUUUAUCAAUGUGCACCAGAUUCAUUAGACGCAAUUGUUGUAAAUUUCACUAGUAAGUUUAUUAAUGACAUUAAACCAGAGUUGAGAAGAGCAAAUGUUAACGUCACAAGAACAGUGGUGUACUUGUCUCUUGGUUACGAUGUGUUUAUGGCAGGAAAUAAAAUCCCAGCUGAUCCACAAUAUAAGAGUGACAUGGCUCAAUUUACUACUGAAAUUAAUCCAAAAAUUUUAAACGGUGAAUUCCAUCAUCCACCAAUUGUUGUCUACAAGAACGGUUUACAAGGUGCAAUUGAAUUGACCCGGGAUAUUCAAAAUGGGGUUAACGAGGGUAAGAAGCUGGUUGCUACCUUCCGUUAA